AAUGAUUGCUUUUACACCCAUAUAGGAUGUAAAAGCAAUCAUUUCUCUUUCUCUGGCUGCAUUCCUGCAGCCAUUGAGAAAUACUGUGUGAUCUGUGAUUGGUCACAGCUUGUCACAUGGUACAAGGCUGUUGUGAAUGGCCCUGUACCAUGUGACCUCUGUGAUCAUUCACAGAUUUCACACGUAGUAAGCAAUGAUGUCACACUACAUGAUCGGGACCUCACACAGAGGUGCUGUACGAUGAUCGGUGUUCCACUGUGUCUGGAGGACACAGUGGGCACC